AUGCCGGGGGAAUGGACCGCUGACAGGGGCGAAACGAGUAAAGCAGGAGCGUACUCUGGCGUCCAUAGCAGGCCAUCGAGCCCAUCGAUUGCAGCCAAUUUCCAAAGAGAGCGUUCCAGAACUCCCGGAAAGCGAACUUCGAUACAAGCAGACAGAUAUAUACCAACGCGACAAUCGCUCGAUGGCCAGACGGCAGCCUUUCAGCUCAUGGAUGGAUCUCCAUCAACUCCUCAUCGCUACAAGAGAAAGAUGAUACCAGAGAUGGAUGCGGAGCAAGAGGAAGCCGAUUAUGCAUUUGCCAAUCUUUUAGGCUCAGAGAUCUUUGGUCACGACCCAGCAGCAUCAGGCUCAUCCUCUUCCGCGCCGAGCAGCAUCAGUCGCUCGGGAUCUCGGCCUUCGGCUCAUACCCCUACCACGCCCACGCGGCGGAACCUCUUCAGCUAUAAUUCCCCUUCGUCUUCGCGAUCACGGAGCAGCGGGCCGGCUAGUCGUGGGAGAGACGAUACGAGGCGCAUAGAUCGGAGCAGCGUUGGGUCCUUGCCCGCAUCCAAUGGCUCUGCCCUGGGUGGAGGCGGGCUGUUCGGAUCAGCAAAGAAGAGUAGCAAUGCUGUCGUAGCGCCGCCGGGAUCACCAAGUCAUCGAGCAUAUGAUACCAGUCCUGUCAGGUUGGAUUCGCAGAGGAUGCUUCUGAGUCCACGGAGGGCUCCUCGUACGGUCAGCAAAGUACCCUUCAAGGUCUUGGACGCGCCCGAUCUGGCUGACGAUUUCUACCUCAAUCUUGUCGACUGGUCAUCGACUGACACGUUAGGGGUGGGCCUGGACAAGUGUGUGUACUUGUGGUCGGCAAGAGACUCCAAUGUACAAAAGCUGGUCGAUUACGAGACGACAGACGACCGGACGACUUCAUUGAGCUGGGCUGGUAGAGGCAACCACAUCGCAGUCGGCACACAGAAGGGCCUGGUGCAAAUCUUUGACGCCGAGACCUUGAAACUGUUGCGUACAAUGAGAGGGCACGAUCAGCGAGUCGGGGCUUUAGCCUGGAAUGAGCACAUCCUGACCUCAGGAUCGCGGGAUAGGGUCAUCUACCAUCGCGAUGUCCGCGUACCGGAGCAGCAUAUCCGUGAGCUGCGAAGUCAUAAGCAAGAGGUCUGCAACCUCGUCUGGAAUACCGAGACGAACCAAUUGGCCAGCGGUGGCAAUGACAACAAGCUUCUGGUCUGGGACUCUUUGAAUUCCACGCCUCUUCACCGCUUUACGGAACACAAGGCUGCCGUGAAAGCCAUUGCUUGGUCUCCGCAUCAGCAAGGUAUCCUGGCCUCGGGUGGAGGUACCGCCGACAUGAAGAUUCGAUUCUGGAACACCAUCACCGGUACUCUCCUUUCCGAAGUGGACACUGGCUCGCAAGUGUGCAACUUGAUGUGGUCACGCACGGCAAAUGAGAUCAUCUCUACGCACGGCUACUCCUCUGGUAAGAUCCAGAACCAGAUUCAGAUCUGGCGAUACCCUACAAUGCAGCAGAUUGCAACCCUCACUGGACAUACGAUGAGAGUACUGUACUUGGCCAUGAGUCCAGACGGGGAGACGAUUGUCACUGGUGCUGGCGAUGAGACGUUGCGCUUCUGGGACCUCAAUACCCCGAGCAAAGGUGCCAAGGGCGGCUCAAGUGUGACGGGAAGUGGUGGAGUGGGCUCACAAGAAGGGGUAGUGAAUCCCUUUGCGAGGUUGAGGUGA